AUGGACACGCCUCCUACCGGGGAGCUACUGGGAGUUACUGAAAGCUACGCUCAUAUCCACUCCAUUGCGAGACAAGUUGCUCUCGACUUUGUACCAGGCGAUGGGACAUAUGCCGUAGCUGUACUGCAGCACGACAAACUCCAUGAAGUAGGGCCUGAGAACUUCUAUUGUGUUUGA